ACUCUUAGAUCUUUACAGAGACAAAAUCAUAGCAAGAAAAAUGAUGUCCAAGGCAAUGAAAGAAAAUGACCUCACUCUGUAGAGGGCUUCUAGUAGUGGGAGCAAGACUAUCACCAACUCCUCGAUUCCUUUUGGCUGCUUCUCCUUAUUAUUCUUUCUCUUUCUCUAUUAACAGCCUCAACCAACGAUUUCUUGAAAGCAAAUCAAUUCAUUAUUGCCAUCAUCGCAGCCUCAACAAACGCCUUCUCCUUAGACUUCCUUUAACAUCAUCGUCUUCUAUCAUGUCCCAGAUGGAAAGUUCUGCUGGGGUUUCUACCAAGGCAUCCUUUGAUAAUGGAGGGGAUACAACUGUUUUUCCUUUGUCUUCAUCUAGUGUUCUCAAAAUCAACAAGGGAGAUAUCACCAAGUGGUUCGUUGAUGGCUCUUCUGAUGCUAUUGUUAAUCCAGCAAAUGAGAGAAUGCUGGGAGGUGGAGGUGCAGAUGGAGCUAUACAUAGAGCUGCUGGACCAGAACUCCUAGAUGCAUGUUAUAAGGUCCCUGAAGUCCAACCUGGAAUCCGUUGCCCCACAGGAGAAGCCAGAAUCACUCCAGGUUUCAAAUUGCCGGCAUCUCACGUGAUUUACACUGUUGGUCCUAUUUAUGAUACUGAUAGCAACCCUGCAGCCUCCCUGAAAAAUGCAUACAGGAACAGCUUGACAGUAGCCAAAGACAACAACAUCAAAUAUAUUGCUUUUCCUGCUAUAUCUUGUGGUGUUUAUGGGUAUCCUUAUGAGGAAGCUGCUGCAGUCUCUAUAUCCACAAUCAAAGAAUUUAAAGAUGACUUAAAAGAGGUGCAUUUUGUUCUGUUCUCAGAUGACAUUUAUAAUGUUUGGUUAAAGAAGGCAAAGGAGUUGCUUCUGCCAUAGCCUGUGCUGCAACUGGAACUUUGUAUCGCAUCAAUGCGUUGGAGACAAAGUGAAUAGUAAUGGCUUUGGAAUUUGAUCCAUCUUGGGUCUACGCGAAUGUGUUUUUUUUCAAGUAAUUGGGGUGAAGAGGGAUUGCUGUGGACUGAAUUUGAACACUCCCCAUCAUAUAUAUUACUAUUAUUUUAUAUAUUAUGUUGAUACCAAUAUAUCAUAUAAUAGUACUAUUUUAUAUAAAGACUAAUAUUUAAGUCUUACACAGGAAAGACAUAUCAUAAAGUAAUAGUUUUUUCCUUUUUUUAAUAAAAAAGUUCGUUCCUUUA